GUUUGCUCCUCUGCUCACAACAGUACAGUACACACUCUGGUAGUGGCAGCAACCAACACAACUGAGUCCAGCAGUCUCUCCUCAUAGCUUCAGCGGCUUCUGCUCUGUAUAAACUAGCCAUUUAUCAUCAAUCAUGGCCGCCGGAGUACAAAUUUAACUCCCGUCUUUCCUCCCUGUCGUCUGGAGGGGAGGAUUUUUUUUUCUUUUUAGGUUUGAAGAAGCAAAAAAUAUUAGCCCCCCACAGUGAUUUGGAUUUCCUCCUGGAAUUACAAUACAGCUCACAAGGGAAAUACCAUUCAUGUCAAUACUUCAAAAUGCAGCCGCCGCCGAGGAAGGUCAAAGUGACACAGGAGCUGAAAAACACUCACACGGAGCAGAUGACAAGACUGCACUUUAAAAACCAGACUGAAUGUGACCUGUUGGAAGACAUGAGGAGCUACAGUCUGAAGAAGGGACAGCUAGAACGAGACUAUGCACAGGCUCUGCAGAAGUUAGCGAGCCAGUACCUAAAGAGAGACUGGCCUGGUAUCAACCCCGAUGACCAGAGAACAGACUAUAGGAAUGUGUAUGCAGUGUGGAGGUCCUAUUUAGAAGGUACAGUGCAGGUGAGCCAGUCCAGGCUCAACGUAUGUGACAACUACAAGAGUCAAGUAUCAGAGCCUGCUAAGACUGUUAGGCUCUAUAAGGAGCAGCAACUCAAAAAGACCAUAGAUCAGUUAAGUGGCAUUCAAGCAGAGCUGCAGGAGUCGGUGAAAGAGUUGGCCAAAGCCAAGAAAAAAUACUACGACUGUGAGCAGGUUGCCCACGCUGUACGAGAGAAAGCCGACAUAGAGGCCAAGUCCAAACUGGGUCUGUUUCAGUCAAGAAUUAGUUUACAGAAAGCAAGUGUAAAGUUGAAAGCUAAGAGAAGCGACUGUAACUCCAAAGCGACACAGGCCAGGAAUGACUACUUGCUAACGCUAGCUGCUGCCAACGCUCACCAUGACCGCUACUACCAUACAGAUCUACUGCACUGCAUACAGGCCUUGGAUGGCAGAAUCUAUGAGCAUGUGAAAGACUACCUGGUAUCUCUGUGUCGUACUGAGCUGGAGGCCUCACAAGCUACACACAACACUUUCCAGUUCCUUUUGGACAAAUCCACAAGGAUAAUACAGGAGUUUAACCAGCAGUUGUUCAUGCAAGAGAAUCCCGUGUUUCACAAAGCACACGACUUCCAGUUCCAGCCCAGCGAAUGUGACACGACUCUGAGCUCGGUGCAGCAGUUGGUGGACAUUGAGCCGUCGCCCGUCAGUGCCAUGAGAAUGACCCUGGCACAGAGUCGUCAGCUGGAGUCGGAGUCGGGGACGACGGAGGAGCACAGUUUGAACAAAGAGGCCAGGAAAUGGGCAACAAGAGUAGCCAGAGAGCACAAGAACAUCAUUCACUGCAAGAGAUCUCUGGAGGAGUGUGAGAGCCACGGCCUGCCUCCCACAGAGCAGGGCAGACUAGAUCUGGAGCUGAAGAUAGAAGACACCAAAGAAAGCAUGCGCAAAGCUGAGACAAUAAAGUUGAAAGCUGAAGCACGGUUGGACCUUCUACGGCAAGUGGGGGUUGCUGUGGAUACGUGGCUGAAAAGCGCCAUGAACCAGGUGAUGGAGGAGCUGGAGAAUGAACGCUGGGCCAGCUACACUUCCCACGAUCCCUCACUGUCGGGCACAGUGGACUUGGAGCGCGAAGAAGGCGAAGAGUGUGAAGAGAAUAUGGAGGUUUUUGAUGACAGCAGUUCCAGUCCUUCGGGAACCCUGCGCAACUACCCACUAACCUGCAAAGUCCUGUACUCAUACAAGGCCUCUCAGCCAGACGAGUUAACUAUUGAUGAACAGGAGAUGUUGGAGGUCAUUGAGGAUGGAGACAUGGAGGACUGGGUCAAGGCACGCAAUAAGACAGGUCAAGUGGGAUACGUCCCAGAGAAAUACCUGCAGUUCCCGACCUCCAACAGCCUGCUGAGCAUGCUCCAGUCUCUGGCUACGCUUGAUGCCCGAUCACACACCUCGUCCAACUCUACGGAGCCCGAGCUGCACUCUGGCUGCAUCAAUGGAGACACAAACAUGGUGUAUGUCCGCGCACUUUACGAUUACGAGGGCCAGGCAGAUGAGGAACUGUCCUUCUGCGAGGGAGCUGUGAUCCGUCUGUUGAGCCGUGACACUCAGACGGACGACGGCUUCUGGGAGGGCGAGCUGAACGGGCGGGUGGGUGUUUUCCCCUCCGUGCUGGUAGAAGAUCUCACCGAGAACGGGGAGACCAGUGGAGGAGGGACAGGUGACACACAGAUCUCUCCAUCUUUAAAGUUGCCAUCCUCUCUGCCGCCUCUCCCGCUGUACGACCAACCUCCCAUCAGCCCCUUCACCAGCCCCGAGACCUCCACCCCACCUCCUCUGCCUCGCUCACCCUCUACUGCACUUAAUGGGGAGCAUAAACCUCCGCUACCCGCCUCGUCGCACAAAGGGCCGCUGUCCACCCACAAUCAAAGCUCUGGCAGGAGUCCAGUGUCUCCUGGAUUUGCUCAGACUCAGCCGCUGCGGUUCACUCCUGAAGGAGGCCCUGGCAAACUACGACCAGUGCGAGCUGCUCCUCCUCCACCCAAACAGCAUCCCCGGCGACAGCAGGAGAAAAGCGACAAGACGGAGGAGGUGGAGAUCACGCUGGUGUGACAGACAGACAAGCUGACGGGCGGCUACAGGCACACAAAAAAAUUAAAACAGAUCAAAGACAGACGUAUCCUGCAGGCUGAGGAGCCGGACUGCUCUGAACUGAAGUCAGCGUAAAUAAAGUGAUAUGAAGUAAAACCGAAGUGAAGCACGUCGACCCCCUCCGGCCGCUCCGCAUCUUCUCUCAUCCUCAAGUUGAGGAGGGGAGCAGAGAGAGGGGACAAAGCCAGAGUAUCCAGUUAAAUAAUCUCUGUAUUAGCUUCCUAAUGAAGUGCAGCAGUAGCUGCCCCCACAUGCCUCUUCACCCUCCCCUAUCUUUCCAUUCUUGCCUUAAAACCUCACCUCAGUGGGCAGUAAACCAGAGCACGAUGAAGAGGAGGAAGAAUGUUUGGAGAGGGGGAGUGUGAGGAAAAGUUAAUGAUGGGUUUGGCAAGUUUUCUUCUGUCUUGUUAGGCUUACUUUAAGAUAAGGAACACAAUUUAUCUCUGCUACAUUUCAAGUUUUUCACUCAGUUGCUAAUAACUAAUCAUGAAGUAUUAAAAAUGUUUUAGAGCCCAAGAGCUGACCAAAUGCAGGUGGGGUUAUCAAACAAGACAAAUACAUAACUGAACACAUAAAUAGUAAGUUAGUAGGAAAAAAUACUUAGUUCUUCAAUCAGUUGAUGAAAUAAAUUAAAUGCUAUUUAUUUAACUCUUCUAUUUGUCUAUUCCCUUUUAUACCCACAGACAUAUGAGCUAAACGGCUAGUAUGUGGAGGGCCAUUUAAGAAACCAGUAAAUAAUCCUUUCUAUGGACAGAAUAUGUUUUCACCCAGAUACUUAAAAGAUCCUUAGAGGAUUCAAGAGAUGGAUUUGAAGCAGCAGAUGGCAUUCUUAAGCAAAAUUGGAGUUUUGCAGACAUCUCUGGUGAAGUUUCUUUUGAUAAAACCAACAUUUUGCCCCGGUUCUGCCGCAAAUUGGGGCUAACACAGCCCUCUGUUGUGAGGGAAGGUGAAUCGUAAAUUGAUGAAUGAUUAAAAGGAAGGUAAAAUGAAUUAGUUUUACUUUAUCAUCCCACUGCUGCUCAAAGCUUUUUUUUUAAACUUGUCUGAUACCUUUCACUACAUUUUGUAAGUGUCAUGGCUCUAUCAAAAGUAAGCUUGAUGAAAGGAAAUAAGGAGGAAACUUGCUAAAUUUGUCAUAUUUUGGAGUGAAGUGGGGGUUCAAGUCAAUGGACAGAGAAACUGAGCCCCAGACCUUCCCUCGCCAUAUAUAGUCAUUAUCACAAUACGUAUUUAAUGUGUAUUAGUACAGUACAUUACUGUUGUCAUAGGAAUGUUAUGCACAGCGUUUAAUAUAGACUAACUCAGCUGAAUGGAAAACCAUGUCUGAUAUGUAGUGGAAGUUUUAUCUUCAUCUUAUACUGAAAGGGCGUUUGUAAAUACAGUGGGAAGGGGAGAUGAAAGGAGAGAAGGCAGGAGAGGAUGAAAGACAACGAGAGACAAAAGGAGGCUGGAUCCUCCCCUCUGCUCUUCACCUCUCCUCGCAUCCCUCCUUUACAUCUCCCCCUCUUUUCUAUAAUGUCUGUUCUGUCCGUUGGCAGUCAGUGUGAAUCAGUGGCUAUCAUAUACACACAUACAGUUACUUUAUAUUGCACACACGUUGCUAUAUCUUCUCUCAUUCUGUGCGCUGUGUGUUUGUAUCACAGGUUGGUUCGGGAGAAGGCCGACGGUGCUUUGGAAGGCACCGAAAUUGUUGGUAUUCACUAUGUGGUGACAGAGAAAAGUUUUAUUUGCGAUGAUAUAGACACUGAAAAAUAUCUGGGGAGUCAGGAGUUUUCCCGAAGCACAGAAUGAACUCUAUAGCGUUUCUCCCUGCAGAUCAUAUCUCCUCUUACAUUGAUUUUCAUCAUUUAUAACAUUGUUCAGUUCAGCCAUGACGUAUGUCCUUGUUUACUUGACAUGCUUUACAUUCGCUGGUGUUAUUAUUCUCUGUUGUUCCGACAAGCUUCCCCAUCACAUCACGAUGUGAUUGUAGCUAUUUAAUGCAGCAGAGAAAACAUUCAGAAAAAACAAGUGAACCUUUAACUUUUCCUUAUCCUUUCAUUGUGUCUUACAUUUCAACUUUAAUUAGCGAUGGUGGAAACAGAAAUCAAAAGAGGUGUAUAAAGCAAAUAUAUCACGGAUGGAACUAGCAAAUGACAUUCAAAUGGAGCUAAGUGCAAAUCUGUGGUGUUUUUUACUCAAAGUAAAUAAAUCUCCCCCCUUACAUACCCUUCAAGCCUUUAAAACUCCUUGCCUAAAGGGCAGCGUAGCACUUUUAAUUUAUUUUUACCUUCCCUGGAAAGUAGCAGUACCUUUGCAUAGCAUCAGCAUGAAUAGAAAACACUCUGAUGAAUCACUGUAGCUACAAAUACAGCAGUCAGAGUUAUUCUUUUUCAUUCUGAUUCUAUGGACACUCUUUGUUUCAGUGUGACUGAUACUUUUAUGGAAAAAAAAGUAAUUCUCUUCCAAAGAGAUGGAGAGAUGAUUGUGGACAGUGUCAUUUGGUGUUAAUUUAUAAAAAGACAAAACAAGAUCACAUUACGGGAUGUUUUGAAUGCAGAUAUGGAGGGAAUGUGUUUUUCUGGUCUCGGGAUAGGCCUGGCUGUUUGUGAGUGUGAUUGUUUAUAAGAGAGAGGAGGAAUUUUGAUCAGAUCUAUGUUUGUCUCUGAAGAUGUGUCCCAGUUCCUUAUUACAUAUUACCAAGUUUUGAGUUCAAAGAGUGUUCGCGCUGAAUAAAUAACAACUUAAAGUUUACUGCUGAAUGUCAGUUUGGUACUUAUUUGACUUUUUUAGUUAGUUUUUUAGUGUUUGGUUGUUAGAUAUCCCAGAAUGCAGUGGAGAAGCUGCUCACAGCUCGAAACAUUUCAGACUUAUUGUUCUGGACUCCAGAAAUGUGAUGGUAAACAUAGGAAAAGAUUUCUCUCUAUUAAAGAUAUUUUCAAUGCUCCGAAGUUGCAGUUUUGCUGUAUUAAAGUCUAUUCAUUUCUUGUAUUCUAACUGCAAAAAUAGUUUAUUUGGAGUAUGAAAAUCACAGUAUUGUAUUGGUAUGUAGUUUCGUGUUGGGACACAGCUUUAGGCCUCAUUCAAGAAGAGAACAAACGUCUCAAUCUGAGUUCAAAGUGAUUGGUUUCCUCUUUGCAAAGUGGAGAUGAAUUAUAUCGGAUUGAGAAAAGUGAUGCGAGAAAUGAAACCACAACAUUUUUUGUAGCAUCCACACCUAACAAACUGAAGCAUGCUGGAAUUAGUUACUCUUUCAGAUACGAACCUCUGCUCUUCUGCUGUUGUAGGACUUAGCAUGACUUGGAACAGCGACUUGAACAGCAGCCUCUCCUUGAUCUCUCUGAGAUCUUAUUUAACGGUUUUCAAACUUGUUUUGAAGUUUAUGGUUUGGAGCAGCGUCCACAGAACUUUCCACCAUAAAUGCUCUAUCAGUCAGUCUUAUCAAGUAUAAAAUUUAUGGCUUUUUGUUGCCAGUUGCCUCUUUGAACAUGAUUAUUUUCCCUUUUUAACAGUCCCUUUGGUCCGCUACAGUGUUCAAUUUUUAUUGGUAUGAGCCUGUUUUUUUUUUGUUUUUUUUUUUGGUUUUUAUGUUUUAUAUAAUUCUUUAUUUUUCAUGCGCAGAUUUGGAGCAGCACAGCUGCUGUUAUAAACGAUGUGGUGGAUAAACUGGCCUUCUCUCUCUUCACAGACUGUUGCCAUGGUGACAAUAAUGAGAACAGGUGCAAAAGUCUUUCUGCAUAUUAUUAUUGGCUGUACAAAAAAUAAAGUUUGUAUUUAUUGUGUACAAAUGUUAAUUAAUAAAAAAAUACGGAAAAGUU